CGGCACAAGGCCUCGCUGCGGCGGCCGGGCCCGCCGUGAGGGGAGGCGGCGGCGGCGGCAGCAACCCGGAACUGCCGGCGGUGCGGAGCCGCCGCGGGAGCCAUGCCGCCGCCCAAGGACGUGGUGAAGAUCGCCAUCCAGAUGGUGGGAGCCAUCCCGCAACUCAUCGAGCUCCAGCAGACCAAGCCGCUCGCCUCGGUGCUCAAGGACGUCUGCGAUGCGUGGAGCCUGCCCAACGCCGAGCGCUACGCCCUGCAGUACGCGGACGGGCGGCAGACCUACAUCACCGAGUCGAACCGCAGGGACAUUAAGAACGGGAGCAUUUUACGGCUGACCACCUCCCCGGACCAAGAAGCAGAGCAGUUGUAUAUCGGGAUCCAGAGCAAGAAUGUGGAUGUGAAGACUGACUCAUUGAAGAAGCUUGCAAGCCUCUCCCAGGAUGUUACCUUUGCUCAAGAGUUCAUCAGCAGGAAUGGCUUGAAGCAAAUCUACUCUAUUGUAGAAGAAGGGAACGAUACAGGGGAGAUGCUGGCUCACACCCUCAAAGCCUUCACAGAGCUGAUGGAGCAUGAUUUUGUUUCCUGGGAAAAUCUUAGUACAGUCUUCAUCAAGAAGAUAGUGAGUUAUGUCAACAUGAAUGCAGUGGAUGCAUCUAUCCAGCAGCUCUCCUUGUCUAUCUUGGAGAAUAUGGUGCCUACCAGUCGCCUCCUCUUUGAGGUGGUCAAAAAAGAAGUGACGUUGGACCGCCUUCUCACCCACCUGCAGGUGACAAAUGCCCAGCUGCAGCUGAAGGCGAUGGCUCUGCUCAUUGCGCUGCUGCUGAGCGCGACCGACGCCGAGCGGCGGGACAUGAUGGACUACCUGCGGGAGAAGAACAUCAGGCAGUUUAUCCACAAGAACAUUAUCCACAGCUCCGAGCCACUGGGGGACGAGAUGGCCCAUUAUCUUUAUGUGCUGCAGUCUGUCAGCCUCAACUUGUGUGAGCAUCGCAUGAAAAUGUCCAUGGAUCCCUACUCACAGGAGCAGCGGGAUCUGCUCCAGUCCCUGCGCCAAACUGCUUUUGAGUCGGAGAGCGAGGUGCCUGCUGGCACCUUCAGCACCGAGCGCCGGCGAUCCCUGUGUGCCAAGGAAUUCCGCAAGCUGGGCUUCAUGAAUAACAGCAACCCAGCAGAGGAUCUCCGCCGUGCCCCACCAGGACUCCUUGCCCUGGACAACAUGGUGUAUUUCUCCAGGAACACCCCUAAUGCCUACAGCAGGUUUAUCCUUGAGAACAGCAGCCGGGAAGACAAACACGAAUGUCCCUUUGCUCGAAGCAGCAUCCAGCUCACCCUGAUCCUCUGCGAGAUCCUGCACAUUGGAGAGCCAUGCUCGGAGACGGCUCAGGCCUUUUACCCUAUGUUCUUCGGGCAGGACCAUUUCUUUGAAGAGCUAUUCUGCAUCUGCAUCCAGCUGGUGAACAAGACCUGGAAGGAGAUGAGAGCAACCCAGGAGGACUUUGACAAGGUGAUGCAGGUGGUGCGGGAGCAAAUCACCAGGACCCUGUCCCUCAAACCCACAUCCCUGGAGCUAUUCAAGACCAGAGUGAAUGCACUGAACUACAGCGAGAUCUUGAAGCUGCGGCAGACGGAGCGGCUGCACCAGGAGGAGACGCUGGCUGUGCCUGUGCUGGAGCUGCGGGAGAAGCUGAAGCCGGAGCUCCUGGAGCUGAUCCGACAGCAGCGCCUGCUGCACCUCUGUGAGGGAACCCUCUUCCGCAAGAUCAGCAGCCGCCGCAGGCAGGACAAGCUGUGGUACUGCCGCCUGUCCCCCAACCACAAGGUGCUGCACUAUGGGGACGUGGAGGAGGGGGUGCAGUCUCCCCCCAUCGAGAGCCUGACAGAGAAAAUUCCUGUGGCAGACAUGAAGAUGCUGCUGGUGGGGAAGGAGUGUCCACACACAAAGGAGAAGAGCUCUGGGAAGCAGAACAAGGAUGUCCUGGAGCUGGCCUUCUCUAUUGUGCACGACGUGGAGGAAUAUUGCCUCAACUUUGUUGCCCCCACCCGCUACGAGUUCUGCCUCUGGACAGAUGGGCUGAAUGUGCUUCUGGGCAAGGAGAUGACAAGUGAGAGAACACAGACAGACCUCGAUGUCCUGCUGUCCAUGGAGCUCAAGCUGCGGCUCCUGGACCUGGAGAACAUCAGCAUUCCCGACGAACCCCCUCCCAUCCCAAAGCCUCCCAGCAACUUAAACUUCUGCUAUGACUUUAGCCAUGCAGAGCAGUGAGUUCCCCCCUGUGCCCUGUCCCCACCCUCUGUGCCCCUCAAAAUCAAGCCCCUCCCUCCAGGCUCUGUCCCUCACUCUGGCCCAAAGGGACAGGCCAGGUGCUGGCUGGGGGCUUGGGUGUCCCACCCUUCCCUGCCUGUGUUCUGCCUCCUCCAAGAGCAUGGAAUGAGCCACCAAGCAUUAGCCUCCUGUUCAAGGAGGGUGACCUGGCUGCUCUGCCCCCUGCCAUGGGGAGGUGAGAUGAAACAUAGACAGUCAAACCCCUCUGUGGUGGCACUGAUUCCCCACACUGCAGCCAGGCUUUGGGCAGAGAGGGCAAGGACAUGGACUGGAAUAAAGGUACAGGCAGCCCUGGGAUAGCUGGAGGGGGAGUAACACUACAAAGGUACGAAUCUGCACUGCCUCACUUUGGCCAUCAGUGUAGGGGUUCCUUUCUGGACAACAAAGUGGUUAGAAAAAGGAUGGAAUACACCUUUCCGUUACGUUUGUCAAGCAGAUGGCAUCUCCAGGGCAUGAUGUGCACUGAAAGGUGUAUUUGCUGAGCCCUCUGCACUGUCCUGGAAUGAGGGUGAUUAGGGUACAAGCCCCUUUUUCCCAGCACCAUUCAGCUGGGCCUGGUCUGAGGAGGAGACUCUGGUGUGCCCAUCGUGCCAAUUCCAGUGCCUUCCCCACCUGGGGCAGAUUCUUACUUCAGCCAUGCUGCUGCACUACUGCACCACAAGCUACCUCCUCCCCAGCCCCACAGCCCCACCCCAGUGCCCUGCACCUCCUCGUGCCUGCAGCUUCUCCCAAGGGUGCUGUGCUAACAGCCACAGGUCGGAAGGGAUCCAACUGUGCCUCUGUGUCCUGUGGAUUGGGACAAUAAACACUUGUGGAGAACUCGGA